GUAAAUAUUCUCGUAAACGUCGGAAAUCGUCACAUUUUCUUGUUGUACACUUUGAUAAUGAUCCGGAUAAUAGUAAUCUGGAUGGUUACUCAUAUUCCGGUAUUCAUAGUUCACCUAUCCGUUAUUCGAAAACACGAAUCAUCCAUCCGAAUCGUUAUGAUUAUCUAACACACUAUACUCAUGAUCGUGAUCAUGAUAAGCCACCGCUUCCGAAAAGUUUAGAUGAUAUUUUACCGGGUACACUACAACAGCAUCCUCCAAAAAUACCGCUUACUAGGCAAUAUUCUCCAAUUGAAAUGGCACGAUGGAUCGCAGCUCAACGACGUGCAAAUGAUGGAAAUCGUAAAAUGUCACGUGAAGAAAGGCAAGAUAUUCAAAGGAGAAGACGAAGGAAAAGCCGUUUGGAGCGGGAGGAAAGACAACGACAACGACGACGUCAAGAGCUUGAAUUAAGACGUGCUCAUGCAUAUAAGGAGCAAUUAUGGCAAAAUAAACAGUAA